CCCUUUUUCAGGUUUGAGAGUGUGCUGAGCUUUUCUCUUCAAUUCAAUCUUCUGAGUCUCUUUGCUCAAACAAAUUGGCAUCACUCAAUUUCUCUCUCACAUACCACACAAUGACACAAUACAUAUCUAUUAGUUCUGAAACAGAAACAACUCUCUCUGCCCCACAUUUCCAUUUUCAUUUCAGAUAAGGACUUGUCACAGAUUUUGCAUUUAUUGGGAGGCUUUGUUCUUGAAGGAGCUUUCUGUUAUUAUUCUUUGUGCUAGUUGGGAAGUGAAAUUCACAGCUAAGUACAUUCUUGGAUUCUAAAGAGAUUUUGAAUGUGCAUAAUAAAGUUCCCUUGAGAAUUUAAAGAAGUUCAGUCUUUUUGUGCCAUGUUUUAAUCAAAGGCUACAACUUUACUGGUUUUGAUGUUGUGAAGAUCACUUUCCAUGUUUAGGAAUAAAGAGUUGUGACUUUGAUUCCCUUCCUUAGAGAUUUAAAUCAUUGUUCGAAGGGGAUAUAUUGUUUACGGAGUUCUGAAAAAAUAAAUGAAUGUAUGGAUCGAAGGGAAGCUAUGAUGUUACCUGGAUCCUCUCCUUACUAUAUGCAGAGAGGGAUGAGUGGGAGUGGGAGUGGGAAUGCCCCUGGUUUACAGGGAUCACCAAGCCUUAAUCCUUCAUUAACUCCUAAUAAUAUUGCCUUUCAAUCUAGUGGCAGUGGCGCUUCGAUUCCACAAACACUAGUAAUGGAUCCUUCAUCAACUUUAUCACCUAGAGGUAGUAUUGGUGCAUCAUCAGCAAUGCCACAAGGUGAACCUGUGCGCAGAAAGAGGGGUAGGCCACGGAAGUAUGGAGCUCAAGGGGCGAUGUCGUUGGCUCUGACUCCACCUCCAUCUACUCAGGCAUUGUCAUUAAACCCAACUCAGAAGAGAGGUAGAGGAAGGCCACCAGGGUCUGGAAGAAAGCAGCAACUCACUUCUUUUGGUGGAUGGUUGUCCAAUACAGCUGGAAUUGGUUUUACCCCGCAUGUCAUCAUGAUUGCUGUAGGAGAAGACAUCACUACAAAAAUAAUGUCGUUUUCGCAACAGGGACCUAGAUCAAUAUGUAUUUUAUCGGCAACUGGUGUCAUCUCCACUGUAACUCUUCGUCAGCCAUCAACUUCUGGUGGCACUGUUACAUAUGAGGGACGGUUUGAGAUAUUAUGUCUAUCGGGCUCAUUCUUGGUCAACGAAAGUGGUGGAUCUCGGGGUAGGAUUGGUAGUCUAAGUGUUUCUCUUGCUAGUCCAGAUGGUCGCGUGAUAGGUGGUGGUGUUGGAGGUGUUCUAAUUGCUGCAAGUCCAAUUCAGGUAAUAGUGGGAAGCUUCUUAUGCUCAAGUUCAAAGGCAAAGAAAAGAGCAGCAGAAAGUGCACAGAGUGCAGGAACUUCAGAUCUUCAGACCACUGACAAUUCCGUUAAUCCAGCUGAUGCUCUUUCGAACCAGAAUCUUGCACCAUCCUCUUCAAUGGGAGUAUGGCCUAGUUCUAGGCAGAUAGAUCUACAAACUGGCCAUAUUGACAUUGAUUUAAUGCGAGGAUGACUAUGUCAAAUGUAGGUAGACAAGUGAGCACUGUAUAUAUUGUGUUCUGAUAUCUCCAGUCCUACCAUCUUGACAUAAACCACGUUCUCACAAUCAUCAGCAAUCAUCUUAGAUUGUAGUGAUAUAGGAGUUCUCUUGCAGUUUAACUUUAACAUGAAUCUGCUUUUCUACUCAGUAGUAGUUCAAUUUAUGCUGUAGGCUUUAGUCUGCGCGUGUAACAUAUUGUGGUUUUGUCUUCCAGUUGCCGACUGUUCCAUCAAUGUAGCUAAUUUUUUCUUCA